GCAAUAUAUCGAAGAAAUAAUUUCGAUCACAGAAAAAAAAUUAUUAAAACAUAAAAAACAUUCUUAUUAUUAUUUGUAUAUUUAAUAAGGUAUUUGUAAUAAAUUCAAAAUGUAUAAAUGUCUUACGCUUCAUGAUCCGAUUAUAAUAUGUCCAUAUGACAAAAAUCAUUUUAUCGCAAAAUCUCGUCUUCAAAAGCACAUUGUCAAGUGUGAAAAACGAUAUCCUGAACAUUAUAAAGUUAUGUGUCCAUAUAAUGCCACCCAUCGAUUAUUUAAAGAAGAAUUAGAAGAGCAUAUCACUACGUGUUCUGCUCGUAAUGUGUUAAAUGAAAUAUAUCCAGAAACAAAAAAACAUGGUGCAACAAAUUUUGAGAUAUAUUCAGAUCUUUCAAGUACAAUAGAUUGUACAGAAAAUUGGGACAUAGAAAUUAAUGAUAACUCUGUUAUUUUAACUGAAGAAGAAUAUUCUAUGGAUAACAAUACAAAAACAAUUAAUAUAACUAUUGAUUCAAAAAAUGAAGAAAGAAGUAAAGAUUCCAAACCCAUAAGAGCUCCUCGUGGUUUUUCUGAAGCUAUGUUACGAGAAGCAAAUGAAGAUUCUUGUGUUGAAGAUUUAGAAUCUAUAGUUAGUUCAAUGGGAAUUGGUCGGGGAAAAAUUAUUCAAAAGAAUAAUAAAUUGAAAUUAAUUGGAGUAGGUAGAGGAAGAGCAAUAAACAACCUUUCAUUAAUAUAAUUAAAUUUCAUUUAAAUAAAAAA